AUGCCUUCCCUUCCAUCAGGAGACCCAGUCAAAACCAACGCGGCCAAGCCUCGCAGGCGCUUUGUGGGGAGCAAGUCCUCGAAACCAUCUAAACCCGGAGUCCAGACGACAGUCACAAACCAAAUACCGCAGGAUAUCCUACAAGACGCUCAACUAAAUGCCGCUAUCAAACAACUACCUUCGAACUAUUCGUUCGAGAUCCAUAAAACCAUCCACCACAUCCGCAAGAACAACGCUACGAUGGUCGCGUUGCAGAUGCCGGAAGGGCUUCAGAUGUUUGCUUGUACUAUCGCAGACAUCAUCGAGCGGUUUACAGCCGCCUUGACUGUGAUUCUAGGAGAUGUCACAUACGGUGCAUGUUGCAUCGACGACUAUACCGCCGUCGCGUUAGGAUGUGAUAUGCUAGUACAUUAUGGGCACAGCUGUUUGGUACCCAUGGACCAGACAUCAAUCAAGACACUCUACGUCUUCGUUGAGAUUGGCAUCGAUUCCGCCCACCUUGCAAAGACGAUCCGCAUGAACUUCCCAGACGACCGCGAAACUUUCCAUCGAAAUCUAUUAGACGACGAAGAGACGAGAGCACAAAUGCCGAUUGGGAGUCAAAUCGGCGUCAGUCGCACCCUACGGAUAGAGCAUUCCUCCAGCUCAACAGGUGAACCGAAAGAAGAACCUUCUGUUCCGACAUCAAGUUCGCCGACUAGACUUGCGCUAGUGUCGACUAUUCAAUUCGUGGCGGCUCUACAACGUCUCAAAGAAGAUUUGACAAUAGAGUCACAGGACAGUUUGGGUUCCUCUCAGACAACAAAGAUGAUCGAAGGCGUUCCCUCUGUAAAGGAAGAGAUCCCAACAUCUGAAAAUUGGCCAGGGUAUUGGACAGGAAAAUACGAAGCGACAAUACCGAGGUCGAAACCUCUAUCGCCUGGAGAAAUAUUGGGUUGUACAGCUCCUCGGUUAGAAGACGUCGACGCGCUAAUAUACCUAGGCGAUGGACGAUUCCACCUCGAAUCUAUCAUGAUAGCCAAUCCUAGCGUUCCCGCCUUCCGUUACGACCCGUACUCCAAGAAGCUGACGCGAGAGCGUUACGAUCACGUCGAAAUGCAGUCUGUUCGGGAUAACGCUGUGCAGACUGCCCAAAGAAGUUUGGCCCUUCUUUCAGCGCAUGAGAACGAUCCCCGUGAUGAGGUGCCUCUUUGGGGUGUGAUACUUGGGACUCUUGGUCGACAAGGGAACUUCAGACAACUCCAGGCAAUAACACACCAGCUCGAAGCCUCCAAUACCCCCAUCCCAUACAUCCAAAUCCUGCUCUCUGAGCUCUCGCCUGCGAAGCUCGCCCUCUUCACACCACACAUAUCAACCUUCAUUCAAACAUCGUGUCCUCGGCUUUCCAUUGACUGGGGGUACGCGUUUGACAGGCCCUUGCUGAGCCCUUAUGAGACUGCUGUGGCCGUUGGUAAAGCUUCUAGCUGGAUGGACAAGUCGAGACAAGGGAAGGAGAAGCCAAGGCAGGUGGGGGUGUACCCGAUGGAUUUCUACGCAGCGAGGACGCCUUGGGCGAUAUCGAGAGCUAAGGCGACGUUUGAGUUGUGA